AUGGGUUGUUGCUGCAGUAAAGACGAAGGUGAUGAUGGUUCAAAGAGGAUGGCGUAUCCACGUUACGAUGCCGCGGCAGAUCGUGAUAGAGAACGAGAAUCAUUGCAAAAAAUCGUUCAACGAACAGCUGAAGAUUUCAUAAGUACGAUCAAACUUGAUUCGAAAACACUUCAAAAGAUUCAAGAGAAGAACACUCUACCCAAGUUGCAGAAUAGAAAACCACCAUCGUUAUCUCAAAUUUCAGAUGUACAAAAUACAAAAUUGAUACCGCCUCAUGUUGUUUUAAACGAUGGAGGUUUAUCUAAAGAAGACCAGAUGUGGUUACACAAAGCCAUGGACGAAAUACAUGAUGCAAUUGACCACAUCGAGGUUGAAUAUGUGGGUGAUUUGGUAGUUCCAUUAACAUAG